AACAAAAUGGAGAGAGGCACACUCUAUUGCAUCUUUUACAUUAUCCUUCUAACUGGGACAACUCCAGCACUAUGUAUUAACAAGGUGGAACAGGAAAAAGAAACUAACAACCAGAAACGAUUUGGUGUCGCUGCUAUUCCCGUUUAUGCCGGUGCAACUGUUUCGCCGUGGGUAUGGGCGGCGCUCAUUGCAGCUUACGGCGCAGCGGAACUCUACAAAUAUUCCGUCAGCAAGACCUCAAGCGACAGUCACAGUUGUGCAAACAAUAGAGGAUGGUGUAGAGACACUUGUUUCAGUCAUGAGUACAUCGACCACUACCAUACACCCGUCUGUGGCAAUUACUAUUGCUGCAGAUCUGAGAUCUAAACUUAUUUUGGUAUCCAAGUAUUUUGAAAUUGAAGAGAAUAAAAGAAGUAAAGAUA